AUGGAAGACAAAUACGUAGGCCUCUCGCUGGCCGUGUCUUCGUCACUAGCAAUCGGCACAAGUUUCGUCAUCACAAAGAAGGGCUUGAACGCUUCGGCUGAGAAGCAUGGUUUCGAUGGCGAUGGCUUCGCAUACCUUCGAAACCCCAUUUGGUGGGCUGGCAUAGUUACAAUGGUUCUUGGUGAAAUUUUCAACUUCGCGGCAUACGCAUUUGCUCCCGCCAUUCUGGUGACUCCUCUGGGAGCUCUCUCUGUGCUCAUAGGUGCGGUCCUGGGCUCUUACUUCUUGAAAGAACACCUGGGCGUUCUUGGGAAAAUUGGGUGCGCCAUCUGUCUGAUCGGGUCCGUGAUUAUCGUACUACAUGCACCGCCGGACAAGGAGGUCAAGUCCGUAGACGAGAUCCUCGAGUUCGCCAUCCAACCCGGCUUCCUCAUGUAUUGCGCAUUUGUCGCCAUCUUCUGCGUGUUGAUGAUCUACAAGAUCGCUCCCAAAUACGGCCGCAAGAACCCUCUCAUCUACCUCUCGAUUUGCUCCACAUCAGGCUCCGUGUCUAUCAUGGCCAUCAAGGCCUUCGGCACAGCGCUCAAGAUGACAUUCGCCGGAGACAACCAAUUUACGCACCCCUCCACUUACGUCUUUGUUAUCAUGAUCGUCGGAUGCAUCAUGACGCAAAUGAACUACUUCAACAAGGCUCUCAGCCAGUUCUCUACCAACAUUGUCAAUCCUUUGUAUUACGUCACCUUUACCACCUGCACUCUCAUCGCCUCGUUCCUCCUGUUCCAGGGCUUCAACACGACCUCCGCCGUCAACACCAUCUCACUCCUUUGCGGAUUCCUCAUCAUCUUCUCCGGUGUAUACCUUUUGAACCUUUCGAGAGGAGACCCCGAUGGCAAAUGCCAGCUCGGAAACGAAUUCUCAGAUGCGGCGCCCACCGAUGGAGUUUCUGGCUUCCCAACAAGAAGAAGCAUGCAAGCGCGCCGGAGCAACGAUUCAGGAUUCCGCAGUCCCUUCCUCGGUGGUGGAAAUGGAAGUGCUCGACACAGCAUGAGCGACCGCAGAGGGCUGAUGUCGGACUACGACGUCGAGAACCAAUUCGAGCUGGGCGAUCUUGUCGAAGACUCGGACGAGGGCGACGGCGCAGGAAAGAAACGCACAAGCUUCGACGAGGGAGAGAUCACCCGCAACGCAAACGGCAGCACGAGGGUGAAGAAGGAAACCGUGAAGCCUUCCAACAAGGGCGGUGACCGGUGA